GCGCCACGCUGGGAGGUGCAGUGUGCAGUGCCACUACAACCACGAAAAGAAAGGAAGGACGGCGUUUGGAGAUAUUUUCAUCAAGAACGCAUCACAACACCAUCAAAAACACUUCUAUUGUUAGAAAAAAAUUAAGAUCUUGCAAGGUGCAAGUGGUUUUACGAAAUUCAUUGAAAACAGAUCAUAACUUAGACUCUGACAGAUGAGAUCUUCAAACUGCAGCAACAUAACCUUCACGAGCACAUGGAAUUGGAAUUUUUAAAGCAUUUUAAUGUUUUAAUCGUCAUCAACACUGGAUCAAAAAAUCUGCACUAAAUUUAAGAAUAUUAAUAAUUGAGUUGUAUCAAUUUAUGCUGAUCUCAGCAGUUUAUUGUCUAGACUAAAGAUGGGCAGCAGUUCUGAUGAAAAUCCUUUUCGAGGGAUGAAAAUUAAAGAUUGGUCCGUCUUAGACAAAUUGGAGGGUCGAGCUAUAUGCCCGAAGUGUAAUAAAUCGAGGAAGUAUUUUUGCUACACCUGUUACAUUCCCGUUCCUGGGCUAGAGGAACAUGUACCAAAGGUGAAGCUUCCCGUGAAAAUUGACAUCAUAAAACAUGCGAGUGAAAUUGAUGGUAAAAGUACAGCAGCUCAUGCAGCUGUCAUUGCCCCUGAUGACGUUACCAUUUACACAUAUCCAUGCAUCCCUGACUACUCGUCAGAUGAAAAUGUUGUCCUAAUAUUCCCUGGCAAAAAUGCCCUAUCAAUUCAAGAAUAUGUUGAUAAAGCGAUUAAUGAUUGUGAAAAGGAGGCUGAGUGUUCAGAACCACUUCCCAAGAAACCCUACACUUCUCUGAAAGUGCCCAUCAAUCGUGCUGUAUUCAUUGACAGUACUUGGAACCAGAGCAGAGGAAUUUACAAAGAUCAAAGAUUACGAGAAAUUCCCUGUGUGGUCAUACAAUCUCGGAUAUCCCAGUUUUGGAGACACCAACACGGGAGCCCAAGGUGGUUUUUGGCAACUAUAGAAGCAGUUCAUCAAUUUCUCGUUGAACUUCACAUUAUAUGCAAACUUGGAAUGAAUGAAAUUAGUCUCAGCCCGAGUGUGUCUGAAGAAGACACAUUAAGUGCUUCAGAAUUAAAAAGCCGUAAUAGCUGUCCCGAUAGUCAUCAUGACUCAUUGACGCUCUCAUCUAAAUCCUUACAAGACGCAAAUGAAUCAGAAGAAAGGGCAUCUCGACCAGACAAGCAACCAUCGAAGUUUGUGAAGAACCUUGCCUUGUGUCGAGGUAUUCGCUCAGAUCCUGGUGGAGAUCCCGAAAUAAACCUUUGUGGGCCUGACCAAUGGAUAGGGAAAUAUGGUGGAGAUUAUGACAACCUGCUGUUCUUCUUUCAAUUUAUGUACCACAAAAUACAUUCAAUUUAUGAUCAUAGCACAUUGAAAUCGUAUAAAAGGGAGAUGGUUUGACCGGAGAUGAUUUGUCCUUUUGAUAUAUCAAGCUGUCAAUUUUCGAAUAUAUUUGCUGU